CAAUAUUCAUUUCAUUUAGUAAAGGCAAAAUGAAAUUUGUACUGGUUAUAGCGUCAGUGUGCUUGGUUUUGGUUACGGCCAACCAACAAGACUUUGAAAAUUUCAAAAUACAACACGGAAAAGUAUACAGAUCUUCCGUUGAACAACGUCUGCGUUACCAAAUUUACUUGAACAACUUGCAAGAAAUUGAAGAACACAAUGCAAGAUACGAAAAAGGAUUGACUACCUAUAAAAAAGCCGUCAAUCAAUUUGCUGAUAUGACCAAGGAAGAAUUCUUGGCCUUCUUGAAACUUAGCGGAACAGCCCCAAAGGUUAAGGCGACUGAAUUGUUCCAAUCGAGAAAGGCUGCACCAUCCUCCAUUGACUGGAGAGCAACAGGUGCCGUAACCCCUGUCAAGAAUCAAAAGAGUUGUGGUUCGUGCUGGAGUUUUUCAGCGACUGGAAGCUUGGAAGGUCAGAACCAAAUUAAAAAUGGCAAAUUGGUUUCUCUCUCCGAACAAAAUUUGGUGGACUGCUCAUCCAGCUACGGUAAUGCAGGUUGUAACGGUGGAUUGAUGGAUUUGGCAUUCGAAUAUGUCCGUGAUCAUGGUAUUAACAGCGAAGCUGACUAUCCAUAUGAGGGUGUUAAUGGAAAAUGCCGUUUCGAUUCCAGCAACAUUGUUUUGAAGGCUACUGGCUAUGGAAAAAUCAAGAAAGACGACGAGGACGAUCUCAUUGAAGCUAUUGGCACAAUUGGUCCAAUUUCGGUUGCGAUCGAUGCUACUUCAUUUCUCCAAUUUUACAGUUCAGGCAUCUUUACUGAUAGUACCUGUUCUAAACACUCUUUGAAUCAUGGUGUUCUGGCUGUUGGUUACACUGAAGAUACAAUCAUUGUCAAAAACUCUUGGGCUAGUUCCUGGGGAGAAUCUGGAUACGUUAGGUUCAAGCGUGGAUCUAACUUGUGCGGUAUUGCUACUGACGCCAGCUAUCCACUACUAUAAAGAGUUCCAUUUGACAUAUUAAUCAUAUCUAUUUAUUUUAUACCUACUAAAUUUUAAAAGCGAUUAAUAAAAAUUCAAUCAAGAUUA